AUGCAAAACCAAGAUAAUAAUAAUAAUAACAAUAAUACAACUUUAGAAGAAAAUAAAACAAAAAUUAAAGAGGAAUUUGACAAGCUUCAUAAAAUAUUUCAAACUAUGGAACUGGAUAUAUUGAAGCAAUUGGAGACAAAGCAAGUAGAGAAUGAUUUAAAACAUUCAAUUAUUGAAUCAACUAUUGAAGAAGAAAAUAAAAUUAUAAAUGAAAUUCUAGAAAAACAUAAAAAUAUCGAAACAUAUACAAUAGAAAACAUUUUUAAUGAGGAAACAAAGCAACACAUUGAAAUCAUAAAAGAUAACUAUGAAGCUAAGAAAUUAAUUGACAAAAAAUUAAUUCAAACAUUUGAUGAAUAUCAAGAGCACUCUGUUGAAUUUGAUGAAGAACAAAUAGAUAGAUAUUUUGAUCAAUUAAAGAAAUCUUUCAGUUUUAAACCAUUGGAUGAAAAUGACAGUUUUGAUAAAGAUGAUGAAGAGGAUAUUGAGACCUUAACAUCUCAAGAUUUAAAUGUACAAAACCAAGUGUAG